UGCCAUCUGUCAGUGUCCAUCAGUGCCAGCUGUCAGUGCUGAAGAGUGCUAUGUGCCAGCGCCCAUCAGUGCCACAUCAAUGCCACAUAUCACUGCCUUUCAGUGUCACCCAUCAGUGCCAGUCAGUGCCACCUAUCAAUGCCAAUCAGUGCCACCUAUCAGUGCUGCCAAUCAGUGCCAUGUGCAUCAGUGCCGCCUAUCAGUGCUCGUCAGAGCUGCCUAACAGUGCCAUCAGUGCCACCUAUCAGUGCCGCCUAUCAGUGCCAUAUAUCAGUGCUGCCUUUCAGUGCUCAUCAGUGAUGCAU